CGGAAUCUCUAGAAAGUCAUUUUUGAUCCUUUGAACUCCUUCCACAAUUACACAAUACGUCGCUCUCAAUCUCAGUCAACAAACAAGUCCUACAGACACCACACACUUCAACACUUAUCUUUACUUCUGAGUUCUGUCUUAAAUUGAAUCUUCCUCUUCUUCUUUAACAACCAAAAAAGGAAUCUUGAAAAAAAAAAAACAGAAACAUGACAGAAGAAAUCGAUCGUGUGAACGAACUUACAAAUUUUAUCUCAACGAAGACAGGAGUCAAAGGACUCGUCGAUGCCGAAAUAACCAAAGUUCCUCGAAUCUUCCAUGUCCCUUCUUCAACUUUAUCUAACAACAGACCUUCCGAUAUCACCGGCUUAAACCUCACCGUCCCAAUCAUCGACCUCGGAUAUGGUAACACAUCUGCAAGAAACGUUGUCGUUUCGAAGAUUAAAGACGCAGCUGAGAAGUGGGGAUUUUUCCAAGUGAUAAAUCAUGGUGUUCCUUUAACUGUUCUUGAAGAGAUCAAAGAAAGUGUUCGAAGGUUUCAUGAAGAAGAUCCAGAGGUCAAGAAUCAAUAUCUUCCUACCGAUAUCAUCAACAAGAGAUUUGUUUAUAACAAUAAUUUCGAUCUCUAUCAUUCUUCUCCUAUGAAUUGGAGAGACUCUUUCACUUGUUAUAUUGCUCCAGAUCCUCCAAAUCCAGAGGAAAUUCCACUAGCUUGCAGGAGUGCGGUGAUCGAAUACACGAAGCAUGUAAUGGAAUUGGGAGCUUGCUCUUCCAAAUUCUCUCAAAAGCUCUAGGUUUAGACUCCGAGAUCCUUAAGAGGAUGGAUUGUCCUU